AACAUCCCGCGAAAGGCAAUUUCCCAUUGUGAUAAGAUCAAAAGAGUAUGGAAAGUGUUGCACCAACAAAUAGAAUGGCUCACUCCAUUUUCACUCCUCUCAAGCCUCUAACUACCACUCCCCGCCCUCUUCUUCCCCACAACUUUCCACCUCGGUUGCCUUUAUGCAGAGCAGCUAAUAUUAACCGCAGACAGUUGAUUGCUGAGACUGCUGCUGCCAUUGCCCUCCCUCCAUUACUAGGAGUUAGCCUCUCUCCUAUCCCUGUUGCCAAAGCUGAAGAGACUCCUCUCUCUGAAUGGGAAAGAGUUUUUCUUCCUAUUAACCCUGGUGUCGUCCUUCUAGACAUUGCUUUCGUUCCAGACGACCCCAAUCACGGUUUUGUUCUGGGGACUAGGCAAACUAUUUUGGAAACAAAGGAUGGAGGAACCACUUGGGUACCAAGAUCCAUAGCCUCUGCCGAAGAGGAAGAUUUCAAUUAUAGGUUUAAUUCUAUCAGUUUUAAAGGCAAGGAAGGGUGGAUUAUUGGAAAACCAGCAAUCUUGUUGCAUACUUCCGAUGCUGGUGAAAACUGGGAGCGGAUACCUUUGAGUUCUCAACUUCCUGGUGACAUGGUUUAUAUCAAGGCAACUGGAGAACAAAGUGCAGAAAUGGUAACUGAUGAAGGUGCAAUAUAUAUUACAUCAAACAAGGGAUACAACUGGAAAGCUGCUAUUCAAGAAACUGUCUCUGCUACCCUUAAUAGAACAGUUUCUAGUGGCAUUAGUGGUGCCAGUUACUAUACAGGAACUUUCAGUACUGUUAAUCGCUCUCCUGAUGGACGUUAUGUAGCAGUUUCAAGCCGUGGCAACUUCUACCUGACCUGGGAGCCAGGGCAGGCAUACUGGCAACCACAUAACAGAGCCGUGGCUAGAAGAAUCCAAAGCAUGGGCUGGAGGGCUGAUGGUGGUCUUUGGCUACUUGUGCGUGGUGGAGGGCUAUACCUUAGCAAGGGCACAGGGUUAACAGAGGACUUUGAAGAAGUUUCAGUACAAAGUCGUGGUUUUGGCAUUCUUGAUGUUGGCUACCGCUCACAGGAUGAGGCCUGGGCUGCUGGUGGGAGUGGGAUUUUGUUGAAGACCACCAAUGGUGGAAAGACAUGGAUUCGUGACAAAGCGGCUGAUAAUAUUGCUGCAAAUCUUUAUUCAGUGAAGUUUAUCAAUGAUAACCAGGGGUUUGUCCUGGGGAAUGAUGGUGUCUUACUGAAGUAUCUUGGAUAGAAACAAUCAUUAAACAAGGCAAUUUUGGAAGCAAAUACUUGAAACUGAACUACUGUAAUUUAAUUUAUAAACACUUGUUCAAUUCUUUGCUGAUUAUCACCAUACCUAAGGGAAGUGUUCAUAGGGCUUGAGAUUUUAGAUUAUCUACUGAAAAUAUAUUAGACUCACACGUGUUAUCAUGGAGAUGACGUUUUGAAUUGUGUUAUGAUAUACUAUACUUUUCAAACAAAUUAAACUUGAUGAGAUGAGACAUAACUAGGUUUAGCAUUUGUUUUGAUUAUCUCCCAAAUAAUGCUUUCUCAAUUACCUAUUCCAACAGGAUGUAAGCUGUAAAUUGUUAUGUAA